UCUGUGUCAACAAACUGGUUUUCUCCUUCUAAAUACAUUUGCAUUAGUUUACUUCCCAUGUAGUUUGUACAUGAAAUAGACUAUUCAUUAAUGUCUCACGCAAUGUGGUUACUGCGUUUUCAUUGAGAUUGCCGACAUAGAUUUUUCGACUGAAGACAUACGUGUACUGUUAGGUGGAAGUGUGUCAGACAGAUCCGGAGCGACUCACAUCGACAAUGCUGCACAUGAAGAUCAAGACGGAAAAAACAGACGCAGAGAUGGCUAGUGCCCGUGGUCGUCUGGACGCGGUUCUCCAGGGUCUUGUUGAGAAGAGUGACAGUGAGAGAGAACAGAAUGAAGAUGAUUCAGGAAAGAUGGCAACUGACUCUUUGAGCAAGGAUUUAUCUCCAUCAUCUGCUGGAAAGCGACCUUCCUCACGAUUCCCACAACAUCGGCGGAAGAAACGUAAGGAAAUGGAUGAUGGACUGUCAGAAAGCAAUCAGCAUAAACAAAAUGCCUAUAUCAUCAAACUUUUCGACCGCAGUGUGGACUUGGCCCAGUUCAACACCAGCACACCCCUUUAUCCCAUCUGUCGGGCCUGGAUGAGGAACAACCCUUCAGUAAGAGAACGUGCAGCCUCUCCCACUCCCUCUCACAACAUGGGUGAGGAAGAGGCUGCAGAUAUGCUGAAUGGAAAGGGGCAGAAUGUGUAUCGUCUGCCCCAACCUCUGCCUUGCCCUGUCAGCCCUUCAGGGGAGCCUGUCAAUCUGCGUAUUCCUGUCACAGAAAAGCCCACUGUCACCAAGCCAUCUGAAUCUGUUCCUUUGUCAGCAAACUUGCUUUAUAACCACAUGGAUCGCUGGAAAAAAAUAAGACAGAAAUGGAAAGAAGCAUCAAACAAAAACCAGCUGCGAUACAGUGAAAGCAUCAAGAUCUUGAAGGAGAUGUAUGAACGCUAGAGGAAUACACCAUUGUCCUCUGAUGGGAAUUCUGCUAGAAGGAGUGAAAGUCAAGGCAGCCAAUUGUCGUCAUCAUCGGUACCUUAUUUCUGCACCAGUGCUUUGUUAAAACUAAUCGUAUCAUAAGUGACCAGUUGUACUGAACGAUGCAUCAAAUACAGGGUUCCUUUUCACUCUUCUGAAUUAUUCAUUAGGGUGCCGUGGUGCCACAGUUGGAAGAACUGGUCUAUCAGAAACCCCUGAGCUGUGGGUUUGAGUCCGAUUUAGUCCAUGUGGACUUUACGUGUUCCCAUGUUUGUGUGUUUCCUCCAGGUCCCCCGAUUUCCUCUGGAAGUGUAAAGACCUGUUUCAUAACAAUUGGUUACUCUGAAUUGUCCUUUAGCUGUAUAUGCAUUGCCAACACCCUGCAAUAAGUAAAAGGUGUGUGGUU